AUGCCAGCUUCUACUGCCCAUUCCACGCUGCACAUUUGGCCCCCGUACGGCGACCUUCUCUCUAUCGACAUCUCGUCCGUUGCUGCCCUCCUCUACCUCCAGCUCACCAUCCCGGGCUCCUUCUCCGUAGUUCACUGCGCAAACCCCGACGUCUCGCCAACAGGUCAACUACCUUUCCUCACCCAUGGUCUACAUCAAGCUUCAGGCUUCUCGUCCAUCGCUGCCUUUGUCAGAAAUCUGCCCCAUGCGCGUCACCUUGAUACCCAUCUCACCAGUGUGGAAGCUGCUCAAAUAACAGCACGCGUCGCUCAUAUCGAGUCGGACUACGGAGACCUAGUGAAUCAUAUGCUGUACUCGCUUCAAGAGAACUGGGCUGCCGUCACUGGCCCUGCUCUUGUGUCUAUGCUCCCUCUUCCUCAAAGGUAUUACGUGCCGUCCCGCGUUCGUCUCUCGCAUCAAGCGCGACUAGAGACUGUAGAGCUAUGGCACGUACCCGAAGUGGAGGAGGAUGAAGACGAGCCCCGGAAGGUUUUUGGACGUAGGAAAAAAGUUCGUCCAGCGACCGAGCCUCAGAGGUUUAAGGCCAUGAUGGAACGAGAGAAGGUUGUGGAGAAGACGUGUGCCGUCCUCGAGGUCUACGACAGGUUACUCGGCCGGCAUGCAUUCUUCAUGGGCAGUGAUUCACCGACGACGCUUGACAUUGCCUUCGCUGCGCACUCACAUAUGCUGCUGAACGCCAGAUAUCCUGACCCUCUUGUCACUGAUGUCCUGACUGAGAAGCACCCUCGUCUAGUCGCGCACUGCAACAGAGUCAUCGAAACGGCGUCGACAAAUUUCGUGCCCCAGGUUAUUGAACAACGCUGGACUUCGUCUUUGUGGUAUCUGUUCCCGUCACCGCGCAUGCCAGCAAGGCGUCGCGCGCCGUCAGUUUCAGUUGAGGCCCAGAAGGAAGACUGGCGUUACAAACUAUGGCGUUGGGGGUUCAUGGGAACAUCUGUCCUUGUCGCUGCGGUAUACGUAACAUCUGUCUUUCAGGUGAGGUUAAUAUCUGCCGGGGACGUCACUGGCAGGGAGGACGUCGAUGAGCUGGAGGAGGUAGAGGCUGCUGUGGACGAGGAUUGA